AUGGGGAACGGAUGCUCGAGCUUGGACCAAGCACCACCCCCCCCCGCAGGCAAUGGAUGCUUAUGCAGAGACGAGGCGCCACCGCCAACCAGAAGGCUGGUGGUGUUGACGGUGCCCCUCCACUGCGCCAACUGUGCUCACAAGGUGAAGAGGAAGCUACACGACGUGGAGGGGGUGGAAAUCGUCACCGUCGACGCGGAGAACAACCGGGUCACAGUGACGGGUACGAUGGACACGGCCUCCCUGGUCCUGGAGAUCUAUCGCAGGUUCAGGAAGCAGGCGCAGAUCCUCUUUCAGAGGGAGGAGAGAGGGAGGUGGAGGAGGAGAUGGGGAAGAUGCAGGUGGAGUGGAGACGAUAUCACGUUCGGCGACGAGGACAGAAGACGGUGCGAAGAAGGCACCUGCAGCUGCUGCUGGACCUCGUCGCCGGAGAUCAGGCCCAUCGCCUACCGCAGCGCCCUCUGCGACGACGAUGGUCCCUACGGUACGGCCACCCCUUGCUGCCAUGGCCUCAACGGAGAAUCAAGUUGCCAUUCCUGUCCGCCGCGCUAUCCCUUCCCUCCUGGGGGCCAACUCUACUGCUACGAAGAACCCCAGCCGGGCUGCUCCAUCAUGUGA